UUUAAUGUUUCUGUUGGACUUGUUCACAAUGGAACCGCGUGGUCUGCAAAACUGCAGGAAAUAGUGCGGAAUAUAUGGUAUAUAUUUUUUUAAGAAGAAGAAGAAAAAAGGAAUGGAUUCAGUGCGCGCGCCGCUGAAUGGAGAUACCUCAGAUGCUGCUUUCCCCACCUCUUCCUCAGACGUCUGGUGCACACACACGUACCGGCAACAGAAGCAAACUGACUCAUCAUACAGUAAACUGGAAGGCCAGCAGGGCAGCAUGACAUCACCUCAAAAGGUCUACCUUUUUCUCGGGGUUUUCCUGAGCACCAUAAACCUGUCGAAGGGCGGCUGUGAGGACUAUUUUAAUCUGGAAAAGUGGGAUUUUCCAGAGAAUUUGAAUAAGAGUAUUGCUCUUAUAAAUGCCAAGAAGUCAGAGGACAUAGUGAGGUGUUCUUUAUGGAAUUUUUGCAACAGCUCAGGAUGCACUGAAGGAAAUCUAUUGUGCUGCAUUUACGAUGAUUGCUAUAAUAAAACUGAGACUAAUUUUGAAGGCAAUUGUUUGAACGAGUCUCUUGGGAAUGUUACUAUGUUUCACAUCAGAUGCAUCAUAGCCAAAGAACGAAAAAAGACCAACAAAGUUUCUCAAGAAUGUGGAGACUAUGACCAACUCAUCAACCUGUACCCAGAGAUCUUCCCGAAACCCGAAGAAAACUCAGCCGGAAGAAGUAUGUGCGCACCAUACAAAGAAAAUUUGGCCAUUUUUCUGAUCGUGUCCGUGAUCCUCAACAUCAUCCUGCUAAUCAGCAUGUAUCUCUGCCACCGAAAGAAAAGGGGCUGGAGUCUGCAGAGCACACAGAAUGGCAUACAUGAAAUGACAGAUAAUCUGACGAUUUCUGAAACUACAAGCGUAAAUAUGAAUGGGACAAUGGCAAACCUCGACUCAAAUGGAGCCAUGCACCAGAGAUUUACUACUCCACCCAGCAAUUUUUACCCCCCACAUAAUCCAAUUUAAUCAUCAGAGUAACGCUGGAGCCAAUUCCAGUUGCCAUCAGGCGAGAUGCAAGGUUCACCCAUAGCAGGUCGCCAGGUCAUCACAAGGCCAACCCAAAUGACUCUCAUGCACAUAUUCACUCCUAAGGAAUUCACCAUUUAACCAAACAUGAAUGUAUUUGAACUGUGUGAGGUAACUGGAGUACUUUAAAAGGGCCCACAGGUGCAUGGGGAGAAGGCGUUAAGCUCCUGGGUUUGCUAUGAACUGGCAGCAUUUGGGGAUGUGGAUAUGAAGAGAAGCUCUGCAGCGUUUUUUCCUGCAACAGACAAAAAGGGAGAAGGACUAAAAGAGACAGAAAAUCAGUUCCCUAAGAAAGAUGGCAUUGUCCAUUAAUAUGUUUUGUUUUUUUGGAAGAACAUAUCAAAGACAGCAUCACUCCAUUUGACAGAAUUCAGAGACACUGGUGAGAAAACAUUUCCUCCCAGGCUAGUUGGAUCUGAUCCAGAGUCACUUGAUGUGAAAAUGAGUUGCAUGGUUUGCCAAUGAAGAACCUUUAACUGUAAUGUCUGGGAUUGAAUUCAGAUGUAUUGAAUUGUGUCACAACGUUAUCAUAAGAAGAAUUCAGAUGGAGAGAGUGGCCUGAGUGGGCAAGGCCCGCCCAUCCAAGAACUAGCCUUUGUAUUUAGUUAAUAUCAUUUCAUGUUUAAUUAUUAAACAGUUAAUUUUACAGAAGUACUAAAAGAUCAUAAAUAGAAUCAGUUUCUGUGACGAUUUAUCUCUGGACAUAUUUGCAAGUUAUGUGUGUGUCCACUAAAUAUCACAAUAACUAAAACAACAUAAUGUGUUCUUAAAAAUGUGAUCUGUGUUGCUGAACGUUUCUCUUAUUAUAUGACUGUUUAGUUUUUUAAAUUCAUCUUUGAUACAAUCCAACAAGAAAAGAUAAUCGAUAAUCCAAAAACAAGAAUGAAAAGCAUGAGAAAGAAAAAAAAUCUUAUAUAAAUGGACCUUCUUUUACAUGACAAUUAAAUCCAAAUACAUGUCGUUCAGGUGUCCGUGUUCAUGCCGUCGGGUGGACAUGGCGAGCCAUAAUGUGUGUGUUUACAUAUUUUUAGGACUUUCUGUACCUGGUCUUUUAAUGAUUUGUUGUCUUAAUGCCAACAUGUUUGGUGGUUGUAGAACUGGUUUUACUGAGCUGUUAGCUGAGAUUCUGGACUUUCUGUGGAUACCACACACGUUUAUAGAUACAUUUACAGACCUGACGUUACACCUGGAAAUGAGAUGUUAAUCCCUUAACUCCCGGUAGCGGAGGCUGCAGGUGCAGAGGUGAAGCUAAACAGUCAAGCUAAGAAAGCAAAGUUCGAGAAUUCAUAGGCCAUAAAUCUGGAUAAUGAAACACUGAAGGUGCAUGGAUGGAAGUUAUUGUGCAUAUUGUGAAUAUUUCUCUCUCCUCACCAUCUAGAAACUGUG